AUGUUUUCGCCGGUCCUGGGCUCAACAUGCACGGGGGUUUGGGCGUGGGACCGAAAUCGGAUCUUAGAAUGGACAGCAGGCUGGUCGGAACUGCCCAACAUUCUCAUCUGCAUCGUCUUUGGCACACUGUUUAUGGGCGAGCGCAUUCCGCCCGUGGGCGAGGUGUGGCGUGUGUCGGGACCUCAGCUAAUGUAUGGGCAGAUCUUGGCCUGGGGCCAAUACGCCAUCCCUGCUCUUUUGACUGCCGUGCUGCUCGAGCCCGCUCUGGGUAGCAACGUUCUCGUAGCCCCCGUCGUAGCUCUUGGCUUUGAGGGCGGGCAUGGCACAGCGGCGGGCAUCAAGCAAUCAUUUGUCAGCCUUGGCUUUUCCUCUGGAGGCGAUCUGGCCCUCUGUGCCGCCACUGUCGGCUUGGUUUCUGGCAUUUGUUUUGGCACCUUGCUCGUCAACCUGGCUGUGCGCAAGCGCUGGAUUGAUUCGGUGGACACAAACCCCAGCGUGGCGCUGACGCUGCUAGCUGGCUACGCGGCCAAGCGUCUGCUCGAACUCUUGGAGGGGCAAUCGGCCUGGCUGACCGAAUAUCAUUUUUUUAGCGCCUUUCCCACCUUUCCGUUUUGCAUGUUUGCUGGAAUUCUGAUUCAAUUAGCCUGCGACAAGUGGGCGGCAGAGCCUCCCCUCGAUCGGGACACGAUUGAGCGUGUGUCUGGCUUGGCCCUAGAGUACACUAUUACGUCGGCGGUUGCUAUUUAUACUGCCACUGCUUCUCAGCUGAUGCAACCUGAUGCAACACCCUACACCGUUGCGGUUUGCUGUUGCUGCGGAUGGUGGAUCCUGAUAACGAAACGCCGGCUCUACAGGCGUUCUCCUAUAAACAGCUUCUACACGAGCCUAUCGUAG